AUGGCUCAUUUACUAAGAGGCAAGCAAGCUGGUAUUCAGAAAGACCUGUCUGAGGGCUUGUCCCCGGACCUCUUUGGUAUCGACGACUUUGCACGAUGCGGAGUGAACUCACAAAUCAGUGCCAUCGCAUACGAUCCCGUCCAAUCCCUUCUCGCUGUCGGGACUAGUGAUACCUCGUUUGGAAGUGGGCAGAUUUAUGUCUUUGGACAACGGCGCGUGUCGGUCGUCUUUGCCUUCCCGCGCAAGGCGUCGGCGAAGUAUCUCCAAUUCUGCGCCGACAAGCUCAUUAGUGUGGAUUCGAAGAAUGAAAUUUGUAUUUUCUCGCUAGAGACUAAGAGUCUGCUGACGUCCUAUGCGCCACCGGGCCAACCCACCGCGCUCGCAACUGACCCUAGCCUGGAAUACGCCUUCAUUGGGUUGUCAAAUGGUGAAACAAUUGCAUACGAUCUCGACCGGCAGAGCUUGACGCCUUUCAAAAUCCCCAACCUGUGGUUGGAGCGCAAUCCCCGAUCACGGCUAAAUCCGGUCGUUUCGCUAGCAUUCUCCACGCGAGACAUUGGCAAGAUCCUCAUCGGAUAUCCGGAGGGUGCUGUCACAUUUUCGUUUAAGCAAAACGUUACGCAAAAAUUCUUUGUCUAUGAGGUUCCAGUUGGGGCUCCGGGCGGCGAUAACGAGUUGUCGGCUGCUGGCGUGCGCCGACCUCGGCUGACCAAUGCGAUCUGGCAUCCCAAUGGCAUCUUUGUGCUGACAGUCCAUGAAGAUACAAGCCUUGUCCUUUGGGACUCAAAGGAUGGGCGGAAGCUUCAUGCCAGGACUGUGCAGGAUACCAAUAUUGACCAGCCAGGUUCCUCUGGCCGGCCAGGAUCCGCGGGUGGGCCUACCGGGCCCAAGGAACCCAUCACGAAAGUUGCGUGGUGUGCCAAAGAUAACCCAGAUGAUACUGGUCUUCUCGUGGCCGGUGGGAAACCCGUCGGGGAUCCAAACAAAGGCCUCACUUUCUUGGAUAUGGGUCCAACUCCCAACUACGCGACAUCGUCCUGGCAAGUGCUAUCUGGAUACUUUGAGAGAAGUCGCCGCAAUAUCAACCUUCCUAUUCCACCCGCCGCCCAUGCUAUCAACUUCUGCCUCUUUCCCCGCACUACUCCCUAUUUUGCUGGUGCUCAUGACCCAAUUGCAAUUAUCGUUGUGCUUUCCUCGGGCGAGUUAGUGACAAUGAGUUUCCCGAGCGGCCACGCCAUUACUCCCACCAACAUGAUCCAUCCAUACUUGUCAUUUGUCCACCCAUUUGUGAACAAAGUCACACUCACUCCAGUUGACCGAAAUGCCUGGCUCGGGCUGAAAGAGCGUCGAGCACAGGGACCCAAACUUGUACUUGGAGGUGCGGAAGCGAAGAACCCGUUGAAGCGCUUCGAGAACCGGAAUAUUCUUUCUACUGCACAUGCCGAUGGGACCAUCCGCCUCUGGGAUGCGGGCCAUGACGAUGAGAUUGAGAAUGGCGAGGUGGUUCAGGUGGAUUUGGCUCGGGCCGUUGGACGGACGAGUAAUGUGGAAGUCACCGAAAUGUCUCUUGCUAGUACGACUGGCGAGCUAUCGGUUGGCCUCCGCAGUGGUGAGGUGGUUAUAUUCAGAUGGGGCAACAACACAUCAUACGGCAACGAGAACCCUCCCGGUACUAACCAGGGUCCUGGAACUCUGACUCCAAUCACCACGCGGGCGGAUCCUGGCUUGAAGACGGGUAUGCUCCCACUGACACUAUUGAACAUGCAGCAAGGCCCGGUGACGGCUUUGAAACACAGUCAGGUUGGCUUCGUGGCCACUGGUUUCGAAGGUGGUAGCUUAGUUAUCCUUGAUCUACGCGGUCCUGCUAUCAUCCACACUGCCCAUCUGUCCGACUUUAUCAAGGCUUCGAAGCGGGGCAGCUUCCGCAAGACGCGUGGUGCAGAGGAGACUCCUGCAGAGUGGCCAACCAGCAUCGAGUUUGGCGUGAUGACUCUGGAAGGAGAAGACUACUCGAGCAUUUGCUGCUUCGUUGGUACCAACCGAGGCAACGUAGCUACUUUCAAGAUCCUCCCGGCAUCCAAUGGUACUUACUCGGUGGCGUUUGCUGGUUUUUCACCUGUCGAAGACAAGAUCAUCAAUCUUAUCCCCAUUGAUGCGGACUCUGGUGGUCAGGCUCUUGCCACUCCCAAUACUGUUGGGGGCUUGAGAACGGGCGCGAAGAUCAACGGUGUCGUCAUCGCAGUCACCCCGUCAAGCUGCCGGAUCUUCAAGCCUCCAACAUCCAAGGGUGCCCACAAGACUUGGGAUGACUAUCUUUGCGAUUCAGCCGCAGUUGUCAAAGUUGAAGGCCGCGGGUACAGCUUGGUCGGUCUAUUUGGAGAUGGGAAUGCACGAGCUUUCUCUAUUCCUGCACUCCGGGAAACUGGAUGUGCGAGAAUCGACUUCAUUGCUGAUAUGCGACGGCUUUCGGAGGCAUUUAUUACACCCAGUGGUAAUGUCCUGACAUGGGUUGGUCCGUCUGAGAUCGGACUGUUUAAUGUGUGGGGAUCUGGACAUAGGCUGAGCCCCUCACAAGAUCGUCUCUACGAUCCCGAAAAAGUGAUUCCUGCGCGUCCUACUAUUACUAAUAUUCAGUGGAUCUCUGGCACUCAAUAUAUCUCACCAGCCGAUAUGGAUUUACUCAUCGGAGGUCCCGAUCGCCCGCCCUCCAAACGAAUGAUCGAGCAAAUGAGACUGGAAGAGCAAGAACGCCGUCAAGCCCUUCGAGAAGGUCGUGCACCACCCUCGGAGCCCCAAGGUAGUCAAGAGGGCUACCUGGCAUACAUGUCACGCCAAGUUCAGGAACGAACCGAGCGUCUCGGAAUUGCCGGUGACUCGAUGGACCGGCUGGAGGAGAAUAGCAGUAACUUUGCGAGCGAUGUGGGCAAGUACAUCCAGAAUCAGAAACGGAAGGCUGUCUUUGGCGCCCUUGGGUCCAAGUUUGGGUUCUAG